AUGGAUGAUAGCUCCGUGUCUCAUCACAACGGAGGGCAAGUGGGAUCUCAAAUCGGAGUUAGUGUAAAUAAUAAACAAAAUGAAGAAUCUAGCCAAAGUGUCCAGUAUUCAAUACCAGGCAUUUUGCAUUUUAUCCAACACGAAUGGGCGAGAUUUGAGCUCGAGAGAUCACAAUGGGAGGUGGAUAGAGCUGAAUUUGAGGCCCGGAUCGCCUUCCUCCAAGGAGAGAGGAAGGGUCAAGAAAAUCUUAAAAAUGAUCUUGUAAGGCGGAUUAAAAUGUUAGAAUACGCAUUGAAACAGGAACGCGCUAAGUUCCAUAAGCUUAAAUAUGGUGUAGAACUACAGCAAGGUGAUGUACGCCCUCCACCCGAGGAGCCGCCCACGGAACCUGAGCCUGCGGAAAAGGCUCAGUGGAAACAGGGGCGUCAACUCAUCAAACAGUACCUACAGGAAAUAGGUUACACAGACACAAUACUGGAUGUUCGUUCUAAUCGUGUGCGGACUUUACUUGGCUUAAACAAUGAGGAACAGGUUGAAGAUCCGAAUUACAGAAAUUAUGAUAAUAAAUUUCGCGAGAGAUGUGGUGACUCACCAAUCAACUCCUUGAUCCGAAAGUAUGACUAUGGAGGUAAGGAGCAACGCAAAGGUGGUGUCGCUACUGGAGGUGGUUACAAUGAAGAGGGACUUUCAAAUCAAGAGACUGCAGCAGUCUUUGCCAACUUUGAGUUCUUGGCUAACCAGGAAAUGGACAUGGACGAGAUCGAUGAUUUAGAUGCUAAUAAGCCACAUCAUACAUCGGGUAAACAAGGCGAGGAGGUAGACCACGAAGCUGAAGAGGUUUUAAACGAGCUCAACUUGCUGACAGAGAGCGAGGCAGACGGUGGCGGCCAAGGCGACGAGUAUCCCGUUGGCGGCGUGGUGGGCGGCGUGGCCGCUGGCGGUGGCGAGGCGGACGACAAGCCGCUAGCGCUGGGCGAGCUGGCGCAGCUCACCGUCAGCAACGAGCCCGAGGCGUACGACGUCGCCGGCGCCAACAAGGAGUCCUUCCGCAAGACGUGGAACGCCAAGUACACGCUGCGCUCGCACUUCGACGGGGUUCGAGCGCUGGCUUUCCACCCAACAGAAGCCGCUUUAGUGACAGCCUCUGAAGACCAUACUCUCAAAUUGUGGAACCUACAGCGGACUGUUCAAGCAAAAAAGUCAGCUGGCUUAGAUGUAGAGCCCUUAUAUACCUUCCGGGCUCAUACGGCUCCGGUGUUAUGCCUGGCCAUGGGAGCUCCCCGCUCUGAAGAGUGUUUUUCAGGCGGACUGGAUGGGACUAUCCGGGUUUGGAACCUGCCUCCCCCCACAGCUGAUCCUUACGACCCUUACGAUCCUGCCGUGCAGGGGCCGGUGCUGCGCGAGCACACGGACGCGGUGUGGUCGCUGGCGAGCGCGCACGGGCGGCUGCUGUCAGCGUCGGCGGACGGCACGGCGCGGCUGUGGGCGCCGCGCGCCGCGCGCCCGCUGCUCGCCACGCUGCGCGACGACGCGCACGCCGCGCACCCCGCGCCCGCCGCUGCCGCCGACUUCGCCGACGGUGGGGCGCGCGCCGCCGUCGUCUACCGCGACGGCACGCUGCUACUGUACGACCUCGAGACCAGCCAGGUGGUGGUGCGCAUCGCGUGCGAGAGCGCGGCGGGGCGCGUGCGCGCGCACCCCGCGCUGCCGCUGCUGGUGACGGCGCACGAGGACCGCCACAUCCGCUUCUGGGACGCGGCGUCGGGUCGCUGCGCGCACGCCAUGGUGGCGCACCUGGACGCCGUCACCGGCCUGGCGCUCGACCCCAAUGGCCUCUUCCUGCUGUCCGGCAGCCACGACUGCUCCGUGCGCCUCUGGAACCUUGAUACCAAGACCUGCGUGCAGGAAAUCACGGCGCACCGCAAGAAGUUCGACGAGAGCAUCCUCGACGUCGCCUUCCACCCGCUGCGCCCCUACAUCGCGAGCGCCGGCGCCGACGGACUCGCCAAGGUCUUCGUCUGA